UUUGUUGGUAAGGGAAGCAGUGAACUUUGAUCGGUGUGCAUUGUUGGAGGAUGUUGUUGACUAGAAGGGUGUCAUUCCUGCCGUCUAAGUUUGAAAUAUUGACAGCACCUGUUUUGUGGAGGAAGAAUCUGAUUCACAAAAACUUUUUUGAUCUCGUGUGCGGUUUAUGGUAUAAACCCAACUGAUCCUUGAAGCUUCAAUCUUGCUUGUUUUUUAGUACCCCACAACUGAUCGGCAUAUAUCACAUUACAAACAAGUACACAUCAAAUACUCCUUCUAGUUUCUCAGAAAAUGAGACAGUUUAAGGGAACCUGCAGUGCACAAAAUAUACGCCGUUGUCUACACAAGGUUGUUCUUCUCACUCUCAUUGUCAUAGCGGAAGGAAUGACUGCAGACGAGCUCUUAUCCCUAAAGGAGUCUGAACUGAACUCCGUUGUCAAUCUGGCCACGGAAAACUCCGGCAACUGUGAUUUGCUUAAAGAGUGUGCUGGUGCAAAUUGCUCCCGCUUAUCUUGUUACCGAUACGCUAGAGAUGUUUCCCAGUAUAAUUGCCAGAGCAUUUCACUCCCCAAUGCCCAUUGUGGGCCUAACGUCUCCUGCUUUUGGAAGAACUUUAACUUCAAAGAGGGUGAUGUCAGGCUUGUUCAGCAGGAUCAAACUACAGCUCGAUCAGUGUGUGCCCAGAGAAAGUUGGAUGCUUCUUUCAAAAACAUGACCAACAGCACUCAUUUCUUCAGAGUGUUUUUUGGAUCUGUGGAUGGAUCAUCGAGGCUGUAUCCAGGAAUGGAUGAAAGCUGCGUCGGAUUUGAAUACGAUCCUCGAAAACGACCCUGGUUUCGCCAAUCAAUUUAUGUUCCAAAAGGUGUCAUUGUACUCCUGGACUCGGGACCUACCAUGCAGCAGCCGCUCAACGCUGGUACAAUGGACGAAAGUUACACCAAAAAAGCACGAAAUAUAGUGCUUCAGCUUUUGGAUACUCUGUCGACAGACGACUUUAUCAAAGUUUUGUCUUUCAGUGGGGACAGCUCUAACGUCCAACCAAUUCUAAACGAUUCUUUCACACAGGUGGUUUAUAAUGAUACAAACGGUAAUCCCUUACUGAAUGAUUUGAAAGCUUUUCUAUUAUCGAAUGAAUCCGGCGUAAACAAAGAAACCUUGGAUCCAAAUGCCACAGCCAUGAGCAAUGCCAUCAAUACAUCAAUCUCGCAGUUGACUGUAAACUCAGUUAUUCCAGCGAGGUAUCUCAAGGUGAUAAUUGUUCUCACCAGUGGUCACUACAGUACAACCUUACCGGAGGUCGAUAUUCGAGAUCCAACUGUGUAUCUAUUUGUGUACAAACUGAUGCCAACAUCAUCACUCGACGUUGUGCAAUGUCCAACUGACAGAACGUCAUUUGAAGAGAUUCCAGUCUCGAAUAUCAACAAUCCAUUGUAUGCUUUGAAUUCUUUCUACUCAUUCCUCGCUAAAAUCCACAAAAAUUUUACGGAUGACAGGAUCGACUACAGCCAGCAAUCAGCACCCAAUUCUAUAAUCCAGAAUAACACCUUUUUCAUGAGUAAAGCAAUCUUCAGUCUCAACAAUGUGCUACUGGGCGUUAUGGGCCUGGACAUCUUCCUUCUAAAAGUGGAGGACCAGUUUGGCAUAGAUGCAGGUUCAAUCGUGCAAGCUGCAAACAAUGACAGCAGAAGAAACCAAGCACCCAUGUACGACGCCAAAAAUGUGAAUAUAAGCGUCUGCAUGAACCACUCGCUUCCAUGCGAAUCCCUCAAGGACCUCCAGAUACCCAACGAGGGUAUAUGUCCCGUAGUACUGCCGAGUGAAGACCUGUCAGUGCUCAAAAGGCUCAGCUGCUGCGGAGAUUGCAUUCGCAAAGCGUCGAAAGAUUGGCCCAUGGGAAAGAUAGCUGGAGUUCUCGUCACCGCCGUCGCAGGUGCUGUGGGCAUCGUGAUACUCGCUACAGGCUUCUGGUACUACUCCUACACUCAAAACUCCUCAAUAAAACGUGGAGCUCUGCUGCUAGCAGUGAAGCCACCAGCAGCUGUUGCUGAAUCAGGCCAGCUUCGCAAAAAACACGAAGCUGCUGCAUCCAGUAGCAAAGCAUUACGCUAAUGCCGAGCUCUAGCUCUGCACUCCACCGUUGUCGACGCCGAAAAAGUCCUGAGAAGCUUGCAGACAUAUCUUCUGCUUGUGGAUGUUUAGCUGCUUAAGUUGCAGACAAGGGAUAGGAGAAACAAGUUUUCGAACCAGGUUACUGGACACACUGAAAUGCUCAGAAGUCCUUUAUAUCUAACAGUUGAGAAAAAGGGGCUGUGGACUGAGGGUGGAUUGGUUGUUUAUCUGACAAGACUUGGAUCUGUUGGAGGGAAAUAUCAAUCGAUGGUUGUGUUGCAA